UCUUUGGUCAAAGAACUGUGAUCAUUAAUGGCUACAAGCUUGUCAAAGAAGCCCUAAUCCAACGAGGAGAAGACUUCAUGGAUCGCCCCAACCUACCAAUGUUUGAAGAAUUGAUUGGGAAUAAAGGUCUUGUGAUAUCAAAUGGGUAUCAGUGGAAGCAACAGAGGAGAUUUGCUCUUCAUACACUCAGAAACUUUGGUCUGGGCAAGAAGACCCUGGAGUUUUCCAUCCAGCAGGAGUGCCAGUAUCUCACAGAGGCUUUUGCAGAUCACCAAGGCACACACAGACACAGAAAUCUUUUUAAUGCCCAGUCACUGUUAACCAAUGCUGUGUCCAACAUCAUUUGCUGUCUGGUGUUUGGGAAUCGAUUUGAGUACACUGACAAGCAGUUUCAGUCAAUUCUGCAGCUCUUCAAUGAGAUAGUGUGCUUGCAGGGAACCAUGUGGGCACAGAUUUACAACACAUUACCCUGGCUGAUGAGGUGGCUGCCUGGACCUCACCAAAAAAUAUUCACUAUAACCCAAAAGAUAAUUGACUUUGUAGAAGUCAAGAUCAAAGAACACAGAGAAAACUUCAACUCAUCAUCACCAAGAGACUACAUUGAUGCUUUUCUCUUAGAAAUGGGGGAGAAAGAGGACGAAGACUCUGGUUUUAGUCUCAGCAAUUUGUGCAUUUGCACCCUGGACUUGUUUGGUGCUGGAACUGAAACCACUACAACUACUUUACACUGGGGACUGCUAUACAUGAUCUACUACCCUGACAUUCAAGAAAAAGUCCAGGCUGAGAUCGAUGCUGUGAUCGGUUCAUCCAGACAACCGUCUAUGACUGACAGAGAAAACAUGCCAUAUACUGAUGCGGUCAUCCAUGAGAUCCAGAGAAUGGGCAACAUCAUUCCCCUCAAUGUGGCCCAUGUUGCAAACAGGGAAACGACAGUGGAUAAGUACACAAUCCCAAAGGGUACAAUGAUCAUACCUGCUCUACACUCGGUCUUAAAUGACGAGACAAUGUGGGAAACUCCAGACUCCUUCAACCCUCAACACUUUCUCGACCAGGAUGGUAAAUUCAGGAGGAGAGAGGCCUUUCUUCCUUUUUCUGCAGGCAAGCGUGUGUGUCUCGGGGAACAACUGGCCCGGAUGGAGUUAUUUCUGUUUUUUACCUCCCUCCUUCAGAGGUUUUCAUUCUCUGCACCUGCUGGAGAGCAGCCCAGCCUGGAGUUUAAGUUAGGAGCCACUCGCAGUCCCAAACCUUACCGCCUCUGUGCCGUGCCACAAAUCAGAGAACACAUAGAAAAUUUUAACCCAGCAUCACCGAGAGAUUACAUCGAUGCCUUUCUCAUAGAAAUGGGAGAGAAGGAGGGCAGUGAUUCAGUUUUUGAUCACAGCAGUUUAAGUGCAUGCACUAUGGACCUGUUUUUUGCUGGAAGCGAAACUACAACCACUACUUUACACUGGGGACUACUUUACAUGAUCUUCUACCCUGACAUACAAGAGAGAGUCCAGGCUGAGAUCGAUGCUGUGAUUGGUUCAUCCAGACAGCCGUCUAUGACUGACAGAGAAAACAUGCCCUAUACUGAUGCGGUCAUCCAUGAGAUCCAGAGAAUGGGCAACAUUAUCCCCUUCAAUGUGGCCCGCAGUGCAAGCAAGGACACUGCAAUUGAUAAGUACACAAUCCCAAAGGGCACCAUAAUCCUGGCUACACUUGACUCGGUCCUACAUGAUGAGUCAAUGUGGGAAACUCCACACUCUUUCAACCCCGAACACUUUCUGGACCAGGAUGGUAAAUUUCGCAAGAGAGAGGCCUUCCUUCCAUUUUCUGCAGGUAAGCGUGUGUGUAUUGGGGAACAGCUGGCCAGGAUGGAGUUAUUCCUGUUCUUUGCCUCCCUCCUUCAGAGGUUUUCAUUCUCUGCACCUGCUGGAGAGCAGCCCAGUCUGGAGUUCCAGCUGGGAGGGACUCGCUGUCCCCAACCUUACCGCCUCUGUGCUGUAACACGUUAAACCAGCAACUAUGACAAAGUGAAAAUGCCUGAUUCUCAGCUUGAUGAAUCACUGUUUUAUCACAUUUAUUAUCUAAUACAGUAUCUACCCCUCUGUAUUUUUCAUAUCUCAUAGUGUGUGUAAAAUGGGAUUUGUCAUUUUUGUUCUUGUCAGCCGGCAUACCAGUUUUGAUAAACUUUUACACAGUGAAUCUUUUAUAUUCAAGUAUACAUUUUAAUGUUAAACCAGCUAAAACUGAGAUUAGUUUAUCCUUUCAUUCUGACAUUAAAGCAAGUGAAAGCAUGGACUGAGUCCCUUUGCUGGCUAACAAUUUCAUAGUAUAUGAUACCUGCCUGUUCAUUGCUUUUACAAUUCUGAAUUCUGUCAUGUUAUGAGGAGAAAAGCUUGUUUCAAAGAAAACAUUAUAAAAAUUUCCACUUUAUUUGAAGGCUUAUAGAAUACUUGACCUUAAACAAAUACUAACUCUGAAAAUGUGUCUCUUCUGAAGCUUGACUUUUCAUAUCUCUAUACAUCAGCAUGUACCCAGUCAAAGUUUUUUGUUUUACCUGAAGUGUGUUUGAAGUGAGAAAAAUCUAGGGUGGCAAGGGAUUCU